UCACAUAUCAGCUUCUUCAUAAAGAAGUGGUGGUUUCGGGGUUGUUGCCGGUCCUGAUCCAGGAAGAGCCUGAGGAUUUCCUUGCACUCCCACAGGGCUUGGUAUCGAAUCAAGCGGUUCGCUCCCUGGCGGCAUUAUAACUGGACCUGGUCCAAGAGGAAGGAGAGACUUCUCUGA